AUGAGCUUUUAUUCAGAUACACAGGAAAGUAAUUUUGUUACUGUAGGGAUGCCGGAGUAUAGCAAAACAAAAUAUACAAUAGCUAGUUUCAGAGGAGAAGAUCAUAUUGGAGAUUUGUAUUUCACGUUAGAAGGCAAUGAACUAUCAAUUCUUGGAAAAGUGAAUGGUUUGCCAAGUGGACGCAAAUUGGGUGUGCAUAUCCAUGAAUAUGGUACGAUAGCUAAUGGCUGCAAUCUCGCUGGACCGCAUUUCAACCCAUUCAACAGGUAA